UUAGUGUGUACAGUGCUUUUCAUCAAUCUUGAAAGAUAAACAAAUAAUUAUUUGUCAUUUUUUGCUUUUUUGGCUUCCUUUAGCUUGGGUUAAAUAAUGUGGCUAUGGUGCAGUUCUUUCUUUCCUUGUGUUCUUUGUAGCCAUAGAUCAGAUGAUUCUGAAACUCUAACUCCCAGUUUAUAGACUCACAGUUCCCUUCAAAGCACCAAUAAACCAGUAGAAGAUCAGAUCAGAACCUGCUACAACCUUUCAAGCUAGGAUUUUUUCUUCAGUAAAUGAACAGAUGGUUUCAUAUCAGGCCAUGAACAUGAGUUCUGCCACAACUCAAUUUGCCCCGACAAGAGCCAUGGCUGCCAUGUAUGAGCCUUUCCACCAGAUGAGCGGGUGGGAGGAGACGCUACGAGGUGAUAUCAUCCCCGCGGUGAGUGCGUGUGUGGUUCCACAGGCAACCGCGGGGAUAGAUGAUAAGUCUGAGUAUACUUCUAGUGACUCAGCAGCGCCCUCGGCCUCUGGGGAUAAUCAACCAACACAGGGCGUUGCAGACAAGGUACAAAGGCGUCUGGCGCAGAAUCGCGAAGCUGCCAGGAAGAGUCGUUUAAGGAAAAAGGCUUAUGUUCAGCAGUUAGAGACAAGCCGUUUGAAGCUAACACAACUCGAAUUGGAGCUCCAAAAAGCCAGACAGCAGGGACUACAUAGUUUUGGUGCCACCCGAAACAUAGCGCUAUGUGGGACUAUAAAUCCAGGAAUUGCUUCAUUUGAGAUGGAAUACACACAGUGGGUGGAAGAGCAACAGAAGAAAAAUUCAGAGCUCAGAAAUGGUCUGCAGUCUCACGUGCACGAUAUGGAGCUGCAGUUGCUAGUGGACAGCUUCUUAGGCCACUAUUCUGAUCUCUUCAGGAUGAAAGCUGAUGUUGCAAAAGCUGAUAUCUUCUACUUGAUAUCAGGAAUGUGGGUGUCACCAAUCGAGCGGUUUUUCCUAUGGCUGGGAGGAUUCCGGCCAUCAGAACUUAUAAGCGUGAUAACACCACAAAUCGAGCCCCUGACUGAUCAGCAGCUCUUGAAUGUGUAUAACCUGCAACUGUGUUGCCAGCAGGCCGAGGAUGCCCUCACCCAAGGAAUGGAUAAACUGCAGCAGAGUCUGGGUCAGAGCAUGAAGCUGAUAAACAGCAGCGCGGGAGGAGCAGGAAGCUUCAACACUCAAAUGGUGUCUGCCAUGGAGAAACUGGAAUCACUAGAAAGCUUCAUCAACCAGGCAGAUCACCUCCGCGAACAGACUUUGCAGCAGAUGUGUCGAAUCCUCACAACCAGGCAAGCAGCCAGGGGGCUUCUCGCGUUUGGGGAGUACUUCCAACGCCUGCGUGCUCUAAGCUCAAUCUGGGCUGCUCGUCCCUACGAAACCUAUGACUAAUAUAUACAUAUAUGUUACUCUAAAAUCUAAAUCACAGUAGCCAUUGUUUGUAACUUAUGCUUGUAGUAUGCUAGCUGGGAAUGCCUGAGAUGCACAAAUCAUAAGUAGAUCUUAUCAAUGACCAAAUAUAUAUAUAAAACAAUAAAUGUGUAUCUACUA